CCAUUUCACCGCUUGCGAGCUAGACGACUGAACAGAGAGGAGACAGCUGCAGAGGAAGGGUUCUUUUCUACUGCGGGAUCAAGAAUUGUCGCGAGAUGUUCUAUUACUACCCUAACUGGUUUGAACUAAAUAGGGAUAUUUCGGAAUUAAAUAAGGAAUACGGCGUUUAGAGUUAGGUUUCUGAUUCGUCUUUAUCGGUCAUGUGAUUAUUUUUUAUUUAUGAUUUCCAAAAGGUUGAACGAGACAGUUGACAUCUCAUAAUUAAACUGACUGUAAGUAGUGGUUUACGUCUACAAGUCUACAUUUUCUUUUUAAAUAUUCCCUCCCAUAAUUAUUAAAUUGCUUUAAAAGUAACAUGGAACCUUUUGUCCUUUAAUGUGAUUUUGGUUGUUAGUCUUUAGUGAUAGAAAUAUUAAGUAUAUAAUAUUAAAACAGAAAUAAUCAUAGAAAAGCCAUAUUGAAUAUGUGAAGUAACAAUAGCUAUCAUAAAUAGCAAAUUUUUGCAAUUUACGUCUUACGUCUAUCUUACAUUGAGCCUUUCAACUUACCUGCAGUAAUACUACUGUCCUGAGGGUGUCAGUGAAGAAUCUUAACGUAAUUUCCGGCCUUAAAUAGUGUCAAAGAAGAUUUUCGUAACAGGAAGUGUUUUUAAGACUAGUGUUUUUAUUUUUUUCUAACGUCAAUACUUUGCCAUUUAACUAUUUAAAUGUGUUGUGUAAACACACAGCGAGUACUAGAAUAGCUGAUAUUGCUGACUACAUGUCGAGGUAUAAACAGAGAGGUGUCAGACAGUAUCCGUGACAGGACAAACUACAGAUGAUCUCCCCAUCAUGUUAAGUCGUAUGUUCUCGGUGUGGUUCUGGUAUGGUUCAGAUCGCCCUGGAUUCUGUCUGGGGACGUGUUUAUGGACGCUACUCAUACUGCUAAUGUAUGCCGGGGGUCUCGAGGCUAGUCUCAGUGUGGGUCCUGGUGGGGAGUUCCCAAGAUUCAGAGAUGUGUUCCUGUAUGCCCUGAGUCACGAUGACCCGUCCUCUCUUUUAGCUCUACUGUUGCUUUUUGGUCAAUGUCAGGAGCAACGCUGGGGAACAGUAGCCUACCUCUCCCUCUCCAUCCUGACGAUGAACAUUAUACCUCUGCUCUACACCUUGGUCCUCUUCAUAGGCAGUGGUGAGGAGAGUAGGUUCUGCGGUUACUCUGCCAUCCAGCUAGCUCUGUUCACAGCACAUUGUCGACUGGUGACACAGAAGAGGGUGCUGAGGUGUUUGCCAGUCUGGUUUCUACCCUGGACUAUUCUGCUGACUGGUUUGCUGCUGCUGCCAGGAACACCUGCCCUGCUUCACUUCUGUGCAAUAUGCAUUGGCCAUAAUUACAGGCAGCCUUUUAUUGCUACACUACAAGAGCUUGAAGACACCAGUCUUUUGGAGUUUAUUCCCAGUUGGGCUUAUGUUUCCACUUCAGCAAGAUUCAGAUUGCCAACAUUUACUACUACGUCACACAGAUCUGGAGCACAUUCUGAGAUCAUGCCUGUAAAUCUGGCAGCUGCUGCUUCCUGGAGAGAUCAUCUUUUAUUGGACUCACCUGCCUGGAUGAUGCAGGGGUCUGCUGCUGUUGCUGAGGCAGAGGUGCUGGAAGAAGAGAUGCUAAGGGCAGGGAUAAUUGCUUCAUUACAGGAUCGUCCCGAACACCCUGAUGCCAAAGUGGAAGUUUCUAAAUCAUCAGUUUCUUCCUUGCGACUCCAACAGCUAGAGAAGAUGGGUUUCCCCACAGAGAAAGCUGUCGUAGCAUUAGCUGCCUCCAAACAGCUAGAUGGCGCCAUUUCGUUGCUUAUUGAUGACCGCAUUGGAGAGGAGGCUGUGAUGGUUUCAAAGGGAAGGAAUUCCGUGACACCAGAGUGGGCACAGAGAACCUGACACUACUGGAAAGACUGAAGCAAUAAAUGCAUUUAGUGGACACAGCAGUGGUCACUUAUUGCUUGGGUUUUUUCUGAGCUUUGUUUCAUUAUAUUUUCCCUAUGGGGUUUUAAUUGAGGAUUAACCGAGUCCCUCUUUUGGUUCUGAGUCUAUUAUAAAAUGCACAUUUGAUAGAGUGGAUACAUUUAUUUGCAUUGUAUUGAUGACAAAUGAACAUCAUUGUGACACAAAUAAAUGUGACAUUUUGUAAAAAAGGACAAAA